AUGAUUGAUAAAGAUAUCAAAAUCAAAUCUCUUGAAUUCGAACUGGAAAGUCGACAAACAUAAGUAUUAUAACUAGAAACAAAGGUAGCUACUCUAGAAACUCGAAUCAAUUAGAAUGCUGAUGUCUUAGAAUUGCAGGAGAAGAUCAAAAUGCUUGAGAGCCAAAAUUUAAAACUUAUAGAAAAAAACUAGAGUGAUGUUGUGGAGUGGAAAACCAAGGAAAGAGAAUUUAAACAAUUACUCAAGUUGCAUCAGGAUGACCUUGCAACUGUCAAAGCAGAAUUGGAAUUAGCCAAUCAAUAGUUGUCCAAUCAAUAGCAUAAAGAUGGCAGUACAUCUGGAAUGGAGUAAACGAUUAGAGAUCUCUAGUUGGAUUGCAAUGAUUUGAAAUCAAUCAAUGAGAAGUUGGUGUAUACCGAGCACUUACUGAACUUGGAGAAGGAGAAACUAACAAAUCAGAUAAAAGACUUGGAGGUAGUCUAGAAAUAGAUGCAAGAUAGUUAAGAGGAUUAGAGAGCACAACACAAUAAAGAAUUAUAAACAUUGAGAGAACAAUUGCUAAGUUAUCAAAGUCAGAUAUUUGAGAGAGAGAAAAUGCAUGAGGAAUAGUUGAGGAAUUUAACUAUAUUGGAAUAGUAGAUGGAAGGCAAGGCUUAAAGCAAUAAGGAGGAAAUUGAACAAGCAAAUAGAAAGAAGGAUAUAUUGUAAUGUGAAAAUGAUAGUCUCAAAAAGGUGAAUGAGAAACAAUUACAGGAAAUGCAAUACUUGAACCAACAACUCAAUUGUUAUUCAGAGUAAGUCUCUGAGAAAGAGAAAUAGUUACAAGAGUUAUAAAAUUAAAUAAAUGCUGAGAAUGCUAAAUUUAUACAUAUGCAAUCUAGCAAUUCAGUACUUCAAGCAUAGUUGAAGGAUGUAGGAUUGACUUAUGAAAAGAGACUCUAAGAUAAGGAUGCACAAAUCUAGAAUGCAAAGAGGGAUUACGAGAACAGGAUAUCGUAAUUGGAGAUUGAAAAUGCUACCAUUUUAGAAUAAUUGCAAUUAGUUAAUGAUCAGAAUAGGGAGUUGUUAAUGAAGCAAAGGGAAUUGCAGAUCAUUCAGAAGGAAAGUACGAGCAAAUAGCUUGAGAAGGACAAGAAAUUAAUAGAAUAAUUUGAUAAGAUGAGAAAACUAGAUUAAGAAGUAAAAGCCUUGAUGAAAUUGAGUAAAUCUUAAAGGGAAUAAAUAAUAAUACUGGAGGGGGAUCUCAGUAAAGCGAAGGAGUAAGUGAGGAUGUUAUAAAGAGAUAAAUCUGAAUUAAAGUAGUAGUUAGAUUUCUUGAUUGCUUAAUAGAAUAAAAAAGGUAAGUUGAGUGAAAUCGAGUUAUUGAAAAAGCAAGUCCAAGAAUAGUAGACCGAAUUGGUGUUAUUAAAGUAAUCUCACAAGGCAGCGUAGAGUUCGUUGAAAUCUACGAUGGAAUCAGCAGGCUAUUUUAAAGAGAAAUCGAAGAGGUUGGACUUUGAAAACCAAACCUUAUUGGAUUCGAAGACAAGAUUAGAGAGUUUAUUUUAAGAGUUGCUGGAAACAACGAAAGCCAAGAAAAUGCAAAGGAACUAUUCAGAAGUGUAGAUCAAAGGUUAUCAAGGGAAGCUGAUAACAGAGAAUAAUUCGACUUAUUUGGAACCGAUGACUGAGAGACAAACAGCUAAGACCAGUACUAAUUAGGCGUAGAAGAAUGGAGAUGUUCGUUCUCUUUUCAAACGACCAAUCUAAGUAGUUAAGAUUAGAUAAUCGAGUAAAAAGAGAAAUCAGGAGAAUUAAAGCAAGAAUGGGGAGGAACAAUAAACCAUCAGAGAUACGAAGGUGGAGAACGAUGUUGCUGAGGGGGAAUAGUAAGUCAAUUAGGGAAGGAAUAAAUAGGACGAUGAUGAAUAGAAGGAGAAUUCAUAAGUUUUAGAUAAUGAAGUGUUGUGA